AUGGAACGAUAUUUUAACUCGCUUUCACCUGCAGAGGAUGAUGACUUGGCAAUCAUAGUCGAUGGCUACGACAUUCUCAUCCAAUUACCGCCAGAGAUCAUGGUCGAGCGAUACUUUCAGAUUGCCGAGCGUGCCGAUGCUCGUUUAGCAAACCGUUUCGGCGUCAGCGUCCGCGAGCUUCACAAGCGCGGUCUUCGCCAGACCAUCUUCCUGGGGCCCGACAAAAUCUGCUGGCCCAUCGACCCUCUGGCGCCCCGUUGUUGGGCUGCCCCUGAAUCACCCAUUCCGCCAUCCGCCUGGGGGCCGAACAAGGGGGGUUGGGAAAUAAUCUAUUCCGAUCCUCGAUGGCUCAACUCGGGAACCAUCAUGGGGCCGAUUGGUGAUCUAAGGAAAUAUAUCACUGCCACCAUGGACGAAAUCACGGCGACUCAUGAUCCUGCGUACGAGUUUAGAGAGUCGGAUCAGUACUAUCUCUCUAACGUCUGGGGCAGGCAGGAAUACUGGCGUUCGAGGAUGAUGGAGGGCAAAGUUCCAGCAGGUCCACCAGACAGGAUCAUUCCGGUUAAAAAGAGUCUUUUUCAGAAGACCGAGUAUCACGUCGCCAUCGAGUACGAGUCCGCCCUGUUUCAAACCAAGGCCGGAUACGAGCCUUAUUUUGGAUAUCUACAGUUCAACGAAUCCGACUUGACAGCCAGACUUACCGCUGACAUCCUCCAAGAGAGAUCUACAAUUGAGCCUUCUGCGGUAAAAAUGCCUGAGAACGUCGCUGCCUCGCUGAGCAAGUUGUACGACGCCAUCACAGAGGCUCAUCCUGGAUCUAUGUCGGAGGACUGGCUUAGCAUUGUUCAGCUGGGCGUCAACUUCGUCACAAAUCAUAUCUAUGGCCUGUGGCAUUGUACGGGACCCAAAGAGUUCGUCGAGCUUGAGUAUCCCACUCUAUGGUUCUACCCCUUUGUCAAAUCCCUACUCAGGGCCGCAGUGAAGGCUUCCCAAGCCGGCGGGCCUCUGACGCAGAAACUCAUUGACGGGCGGAAAUGGCUUCCCAAGAAUUAUUAUCCCGUCUCUGCUGAUUUGAAUGAUGAAUUCGGCGGGGCAUGGACGGACUUGAAUGGCGAGUUUGUUCCUUGGCGAGAUCUUUGUCAGCCUCAUAACAAGGUGCUAUUCCAAGGGGAAGAGAAAAGGUCUGGGCUACAUCUAGGCAGUCUCUAA